AUGGCGCACGCCGCGCGCGUCGAGCGCGACGACGACGACGACGACGACGACGACGACGCGCGACGCGCCGACGGCGCGCCGACGGUCGGCGCGACGCGCGGACGCGUGCGAUUGUUCAAGACGACGCGCGACGACGGAUGCGCGACGACGACGCGACGGAACGCGAACGCGGCGUGCGUCGUCGGCGUGCCGAGCGCGAUCGCGAUCGCGGAUUUCUGUCGAUUCGUCGCGGGCGCGAUGGCGACGACGCGGUCGGUGCGCGCGGUGGCGGGACGCGGCGACGGCGCGCGGUCGACGUACGACGCGGUGCUGGAGUUCGACGACGGCGACGCGGCGGACGCGUUCGUGGAGAAUUAUCACGGGCGGAGGUACGCGAUGGGACGGGAGGAGACGUGCGUGGCGGUGCGCGUGGUGCGCGUGGAGGAGGGGGCGGAGGCGAGCGGGACGCUGGGAACGGAGGUGCCGACGUGUCCGGUGUGCCUGGAUAGGCUGGACGCGGAGGCGUCGGGAAUAGUGACGACGAUUUGCGAACACGCGUUUCACGCGGAGUGCCUGAGCGGGUGGGCGGACGCGUCGUGUCCGGUGUGUCGGUACGCGCACGAGCCGGAGAGCAAGGCGCGGUGCGCGACGUGCGGUAAGGAUCACGAUUUGUGGGUGUGCUUGAUUUGCGGCGAAGUGCGGUGCGGACGCUACGCGGGGGCGUGCGCGGUGAAUCACUGGACGGAGACGAAUCACACGUACGCGCUCGAGCUCGGAACGCAACGCGUGUGGGAUUACGUCUCAGAUGGCUUCGUGCACCGGUUGAUUCAGAGCAAGAGCGGACUCGAAGCGCUGGUGGCGUCCAAACUCGACGCCAUCGCGAGCGAGUACGACUUACUCUUGACGUCACAGCUCGAAUCGCAACGCAAGUAUUUCGAAGGCUUGCUCCAGACGGCCAACGCGAGGUGCGCGGGGACGAUCUCGCGAGAAGACGAGGACAGUAGGAACGCCGCCGUGGUGGCGCGAGCGAUGAGCGAAGCGAAGGACGCCAAACGUGAAUUGAAAAUGCUUCAAAAGGCGAACGCGUCGCACGUGGCGUCGAUUGAACAGCUCCGCGACGAGCUCGAGCACGCGCACGCGCUCAGCGAUACGUUGGCUGAAAACGUCGAGACGCUCAGGGCGGAAGCGACGCGCGCUGAAAAGCGUAAAACGAUCGAAUUGGCGAUAAAAGACGCGAGAAUCAAAGAACUCGAGGAAGAAAAUCGCGACUUGAUGUUGUUCCUGGACACGUCGAACAAACUGAGCGUCGACGCGUCGCUGGCGGAGGAGAUAGCCGGCGGCACGGUCGUGGGCAUCGACACCGACACGACGCCGGAGCCGACGCCGUCUCGAAACCGCACGCACGAAAGACUGAAAGGAAAAGUCGAAGCCGAGCGAAGGAAACUUUAA